CUCAAAUUUCCACCACUUUCUAUUCUCCAUUGUCUUUUUCAUCUUCUUAGUUUCUCUUCUAAAUUAUAAAAGAAAGACAAUGGCCUUUUGUACCCAAAUAUUUCUUGUCUUCGCCAUUUCUUUCUUCCUUACAACCCUCCCCUCUAAGGCAUACAAAAAUUACCCCACUCCAUCACCUGCCCUUUCCCCACAACAGUCUUCGUCCUCGUCCUCGUCCUCAUCCUCGACCACGGCCUCAUCUUCUGUCUCUGCCUCUGCCUCGACCUCGGCCUCUUCAUUGUCAAUCCUAACUGCCUCUGUAACCUCUGCAACAACUUUUGAAAUUCCAAAAAACAUCCCCGUUGUCUCAACGGGGGAUGUCUCGAUAUUUGUAAAAGCUAUCAUGGACGCAACAAUGUCCAAGACCGACGAAUUUAUUAGCAAAGUGAUUGACAAACGUUUGGCUGAACCAAACACAGACAUUUAUGCUAAGGAUUGUCUUGAGACAUGCAAGUCUGUGUUUGAAGAUGCAAAGGAUGCAAUGAAGAGGACUGAGGAAGAUGUGAAAGCAGGAAAUAUGUACAAAGCGAAUGUGGAUGUUAGUGCCAUGUCAACAAACAUUGAUACUUGCAAUGAAUGUGCUACUUCUAUAUAUGGAUUUGAUCCUGAGUUCAAGAAAUUUGACAAUUGGGCACAAGGGAUUGCUAGUGAUUGCCUUGAUAAGAUUACUGGCCAAAGCAGUUAAAUAUUUCAAGAGUUUAUUAUCAUUCCACUUCUAUAUGUUGUACUUUGGGCUGUAAUCAUGAAAAGAUUUGGCGAUGAAUAAUCUUUUAAUCUACACGUGGAAUUAAUGAAGGAACAAUAUAAUUAAUAGUGUUUGAUCUUUUAA